AUGCAAUAACCUUAAAAUAAUUUUUCAGAGUACACAGAGGUUCAAAGUUUUAAAUACUUAUUUUUGAGAGAUGUCAAAAUAGUUCUAGAAGUGGCUGCUGAAACUGAAAUCAUCCUUAACCAUUAUCAGAAUGAUAAGACUUUACAAUAAUUAGUUUUAAAUAAAUUGAUCAAUCAAAUAAAUAAUUCUAAUAAAGUUCACUCAGAAUUAUAAUCAGAUUGUUAAAAAAAAAGUGAAAGUUUUUAACUAAAAAUACUAGCUAUAAGAAAGGAGGUUAAAGAAUUAUUUGAAGUAUUGAUGGAUGAAUUUGAUAAUGAUUAAGUGAGAAAUUUUUUAUAUAAAUACCUUGAUCAUAAUUUAGAGGAAGUAGUUAAUCCUUAUUGGCAAUUGAUAUAAUAAGUUAAGUUAAGUGACAUACCAGAAUAAUAAAUGAAUUUCUUAAAAGCAAUCAAUAGGAAAGGGGAAACAUUAAGGACAUUAAAUGCUAAUAUUUAUACUGAAGAAGAAAUUAAAUAAAUCAUCAAUGAAAAAAAAUCAUUUGUCAAUUAAAAGUUACAAGCAAUACCCAAGUGAG